UAUCGUCAUCGAACAGAAGUAAAGGAGUCAGCUAGCAAGAGUAUCAGUCUGAAUUCGAGUUAACGGUUAUCAUCUGUCCAUUAUGGCGGAUGUUGUGGAAGGGGAAAAUGUGGGAUUCAACGAGAACAGGAUGGCGCAACCGCAGCCGCAGACUUUGCGAUUCCGCAGCCCUGCGCCUCCCCCCACGACAGUCCUGCGCACCCCUCCACCUCUGCUGAGACCCCCACCUCCACCUUUCGGAGUCAUCAGAGGGCCGCCCCCUCCUCCCCGGCCACCCUUUGGUCGGCCUCCUUUUGACCCAAGCAUGCCACCCAUGCCUCCACCUGGAGGGUUGCCCCCGCCCCUUGGACCCCCCCACCUGCAGAGGCCUCCUUUCUUGCCUCCACCCUUGGGCGGCAUGCCCCCACCCCCCGGCAUGAUCUUCCCCCCAGGGAUGCCCCCUGUGCCUUCAGCUGGCGCACCCAAACUGCCCCCCGCAGAAGAGAUCUGGGUCAAGAACACUACACAAGAGGGAAAGAUCUAUUACUACAAUGUACGCACCCGAGAGUCGGCCUGGACCAAGCCGGAGGGCGUGAAGAUUAUCCAGCAGUCGGAACUGACGCCCAUCAUGACCCCUCAACAGGUGGCAGCUGCAGCCGCGGCCGCAGCAGCAGCAGCAGCUGCCGGAGUGCCCAUGCCCCUACCCUUACCACUACCCCUGCCCACCUCUAGCCCUGGUGGCAGUGGAGACGGCAGCAGCAACAACAACAACAGCAGCACCCCAACCCCCACCUCCACCGCUGCCAACGCCAUCAGCAGUGCCCAGGCUGUCAGCAGCUCGGCGGCCUCCGUCAACAGGAGUACCCCCUCCCCGUCCCACAUCUCCUCCUCCAUCACCACACAGGCCCCCUCCCCCUCCCCCAGCCGCAACCUCAACUCCAGCCCGGAGCUGUCCACCAGCCCAGCCCCAUCCAUGCCUCCCCCGCCUGGGCCCACUCCCAGCCUAUCCGAGAUGCCUCCUGUCGUUGCCGUCUCCUCCACCGGAGGUGUGACUCCAGUCGCCGUGGUGAGCGUCUCCGCGGUGCCCGCCUCGGUCACCACGGUGCAGACGAUGGCCCUGCUGCCUCAGCCCCUGUCGGCUGCAGCCCUGCCUCACGCCAUGCCCCAGCCCACCGCCGCCAUGCCCGCCUUCCCACCAGUCAUGGUGCCCCCCUUCAGAGUGCCUCUACCGGGCAUGCAUCUCCCGCCAGGUGCGGUACCCCAGCCACGGCUAUUACACGGCUACAACAGUAGCAGUGCGGCGGCACGUUACUUAGCACCCCCAACACUGCUUGCUGCCUGCUCAACAGAGGGAGGCGGAGCCAUCUUGUCUGUGGGCCGGCCGCCAGCGGUGGGGGACAAUUCGCCACAAGCCUUCGCCUCCCCGCCCCUGACCAAGGGCCUGCUGGUCUUCCGCCCAGGCAUGCUGCCAGGUAUGGGCCCUCCUCUGGUGCCCAUGGUCCAUCCUCAGCUGACCAUCGCGGCCACCCCCGCCGCCCUGGCCGGCGCCUUACCGCUGCCCGAGUGGACCGAGUACAAGACGGUGGACGGCAAGACGUACUACUACAACAACCGCACGCUGGAGUCCACCUGGGAGAAGCCCGUGGAGCUGAGGGAGAAAACAGUGGAGAAAGAGGUUGAGAAGCCUAAAGAGAAGCCGCCCGUGGAGGACCCGGAGGACGUGGAGAUGGCUGACCAGGAGGAGCCCCCAGAGCCCAAGGUCGAGGUCAAAGAGGAGCCAAAGGAUGAGGAGAUGAGCGAGGCAGAGAAGGCAGCCCAGAGAGCCAAGCCAGUGGCCUCCAACCCCAUCCCUGGAACACCAUGGUGUGUGGUGUGGACUGGGGACGACCAGGUGUUCUUCUACAACCCCACGUCCCGCAUCUCGCUGUGGGAAAGGCCCUCUGAGCUGGUGGGCCGAGCAGACGUGGACAAAUACAUCCAGGAGCCUCCACACAAGAAGGGCAACACUGAGGAGGGAGUCAAACCGGUCGUUGCCAAGGAGAUAAAGGAGGAGGAGCCUCAGCCAAUCAGAGAGGAGCCUGGCGAGGAGGAGCCAGUCCAGGCCAAAAGGAGGAAGAAGGAGGAAGUGAAGGAGGCCGACCUGGAGAAAGAGGCGGCUCUGGAGGCCGAGCUGAAGGCAGCUCGCGAGCGUGCCGUCAUGCCACUGGACAUGCGCAUGACUCAGUUCCGGGACAUGCUGCUCGAGAGAGGGGUGUCCGCCUUUUCCACCUGGGAGAAAGAGCUACACAAGAUAGUAUUCGACCCUCGCUACCUCCUGCUCAGCUCCAAGGAGCGAAAACAGGUGUUUGAUCAGUAUGUGAAAACGCGAGCGGAGGAGGAGCGGAAGGAGAAGAAGAACAAGCUGAUGCAGUCUAAGGAGGACUUCAGGAAGAUGAUGGAGGACUCCAAACUCCACAUCCGGAUGACAUUCAGCGAGUUUGCAGCCAAGCACGCCAGAGACGUGCGCUUCAAGGCCAUCGAGAAGAUGAAGGAUCGGGAGGCCAUGUUUGUGGAGUUCAUGACGGCACUGAGGAAGAAAGAGAAAGAGGACUCCAAAAACAAAUCAGAGAAGGUGCGUCAGGACUUCUUCGACCUGCUGAGCGACCACCACAUAGAUGUGCAGCAGCGCUGGGCCAAGGUGAAGGACCGCGUGGAGACGGACCCGCGCUACAAGGCCGUGGAGAGCUCGGCCGCCCGAGAGGACCUCUACAAACAGUAUGUGGAGAAACAGGCAAAGAACAUCGAUGUGGAGAAGGAGAGGGAGCUGGAGAGGCAGGCUCGUGUGGAGGCCAGCCUGAGGGAGCGUGAGAGGGAGGUGCAGAAGGCUCGCUCCGAGCAGACCAAGGAGAUCGACCGGGAGAGGGAGCAGCACAAAAGAGAGGAGGCCAUACAGCAUUUCAAAGCACUCAUGUCCGAUAUGGUGCGUUCUACAGACGUGUCGUGGGCGGAGACGCGGCGUAACCUGCGUAAGGACCACCGUUGGGAGUCGGCUUCUCUGCUGGAGCGUGACGAGAAGGAGAAGCUCUUCAACGAGCACGUGGAGACGCUCACCAAGAAGAAGAAGGAGAACUUCAGACAGCUGCUCGACGACACCGCACUGAUCACCCUGACCACGACCUGGAAGGAGGUACGCAAGAUCAUUAAGGAGGACCCGCGCUGCAUCAAGUACUCCAGCAGCGAGAGGAAGAAACAGAGGGAGUUUGAGGACUACAUCAAAGACAAGUACAUCAUAGCCAAAGCCGACUUCAGGACACUGCUGAAGGAGACCAAGUUCAUCACGUACAAGUCCCGGAAGCUGAUCCAGGAGUCGGACCAGCACCUGAAGGACAUUGAGAAGGUCCUGCAGAACGACAAGCGCUACCUGGUGCUGGACUGUGUGCCAGACGAGCGACGCAAGCUCAUCAACCACUACAUAGAGGACCUGGACCGGCGAGGACCCCCGCCACCCCCCACCGCCUCAGAACCCACGCGGCGCUCCACCAAGUGAAGGAGACAAGACCUUCUUCCAUCUAUCCUGCUCCUUCUCCUCCUCCUCUCAUCCCUCUCUUUUCACUCCCUCUCUCCCUCCAACAAGACACUCCCUCUAACAAGUGAAGAAGAGAAGACCUUCAUCCAUCCUCCUCAUCAUCAUCUUCUAUUCCAUCUCCUCAUCUUCAUCGUUCUUAUCAUCUUUCUAUCUUCUGACUUUUUCUUUCUCUUUCUCCUUCCCUUAAAACCCACCUUUGAAGCUUCACCAAGUGAAUAAGACAAGACCCGUCUCCAUCCAUCCAUCCUCAUCUUCUCAUCCUUCCUUCCCUAUGAAUCCACCCGAUGUUCAACCUAAUGAAGAAGAGAGUACUCUCAUCCUCAUCCUCCUCAUCCUCCCUCCCCGUCUCUCCCUCCUGCCAAACCCACUCAACGAUCCACCAAGUGAAGCAGAGAAGACCCUUCCUCUCCUCCUCCUCUCCCUCCAUACCCACCCGACGAUCCUCCAAGUGAAGGACAAGGUGGUCCUCCCCCCCCCCAUUCUCUUUUUCUCUCUCCAUGUGAUGCGCUAUCAAGUAUAGAAGAGAAGACCCUCAACCAUUCAUCCAUCAUCCGCUAAUCCCCCCCCUCGUCUGAACACACCUCACACUCCACCAACAGACUAACAAAACAUCAUCGCUCUCCUGCCAUCUCUCCUUCCCUCCCUCCCAUUAAGAACCACCUCUCUCUCUGUCUCUGUCUCUCUCUCUCUCUCUCUCUCUCUCUCUCUCUCUCUCUCUCUCUCUCUCUCUCUCUCUGAAGAAAACCCUCAACCAUCUAUCUCCAUCUCCAUCCUCAUUCCUAUCCCCAUCCUGCUCUCCCUCCCUUCCUCCCUUCCCCUCUGGCAAGGACUUGUAACCCCCAGCUUCUCUUCCCGAAAAUCUGUCCUCCUUCCACCCCCAUCCCCAAAAGGAAUCCUAAUGAAAGUAUUCCGCGUGCUCUGGAACUUGGAAGCCUCCUGCUGAGCCCUGUGUUCACUAAGGUAGCUAUGAAGAGGGAGGGAGGAGGGAGUGGUGCGCUAGGGGUGUGGGGGGGGUUUGUGUUGUGUUGUGUAGAUGUGGUGAGGGCAGGACUGAUGUGUAUAUGGCUUGGGGGGGGGUGGAGGUAGUAUUAUCGUGGAGGACCCCUAGACACUACUGGUGAGCUAGCUGCAGCUCCAUGCCAAGCUGGGCAAUCUUUACUGUAUGAACCGUAGCCCCUUCUGUGAUAACGCGCAUACACACUACGAUACGUACCCCCUGACAUCCACCCACGCCAAACCGGCAGUGGUGCAACUCCACCAACACUGUACCACCAUCAUUCUACUGUACAUGCUAUGAAAGCAAGCAGAAGGGGAGCGCUUUUUUUUUCAGCUCAGUGUUUUCCGUUUUCAGCUGCACAACAUGACGUGGUGGGCAAGGGUACGACAAUGAAGGAAAAAAAAAAGUCUGAUGACAAGUGUUAUUACAAAUGGUGUGAAUGCGAUGAUGGUGGGGUCAGAGGGUAAACUGAACUGCGGGAGAAGAGAUGAACUGUGUGCUGUAGCCAUACACAAGCUCUCUCGCAGUGAAUGACGUCUGUGAAAAUUGUGUGACUGUGUGUGCGUGUGUGUGUGUGCGUGUUUUAAGACAUUGCGACUGUAUUUUUUGUUGUGUUCACUGGAAUAAACACAAGUUCUUCUGUUGAAAUUUGUAAAUAA